AUGGAGCAGUUUGUACGGAAGCGUUUGACCUUCCUGACAUCAUUCUGGAACAAGCUCCGUCCCCGCUCCGUGCCGGAGAGCUGCUCGCUGGGGUAUCUUGGUUCUGAUUCCGUUUCGCUGCACUCUGAGCCGAACUCCAUUUCCUUCAUCCCCAAGUCGUCUCUCUUUAUCGCUUUAUACGCUUUCACAGCCCGGAGCGCGGAGGAACUGAGCGUAAGUGCAGGGGACAAACUGCGUGUCCUCAGAGAAGAAGGAGAGUAUGUCUUCGCCCGGCGGCUGCUGGGGGAACCGGCCAUGGGGUACGUUCCUGCUGCGUAUGUGGCCAGCCUCAGCCAAGGCACCUCUGCUCACCAGCCCUGGUACUUCAGCAAGAUCAGCCGAAAUGAAGCUGAGCAGCUCCUCCUCUCGCAUCCCAACCAGCACGGCUCCUUCCUGGUCCGGGACAGUGAGAGCAGCAAGGGCGAAUACUCUCUUUCAGUGCGCAACCACUCAAAGGUCAGCCACUUCCGAAUCUGCAAGAGCCCCGGAGGCAGCCUCUACAUCCAGAAGGGGCAUCCCUUCCCCGACAUGGAGGAGCUCCUUGCCUUCUACACCCAGCACUGGAAGGUCAUCCAGAGCCCCCUGCUGCAGCCCUGCAGCCCCGCGACCCCCCCUGAGAGGGAUGGCUGGGAGCGCCCACGCUGGGAGUUCACGCUGCGGAGGAAGCUGGGUGAGGGCUACUUCGGAGAGGUGUGGGAAGGACUGUGGAGGAACACAGUGCCGGUGGCCAUCAAGAUCAUAAAAGCUGACAUGAAGGCAGAAGACUUCACCAAGGAGAUUCAGAACCUGAAGCGCCUGAGGCACGAGAAGCUGAUCCAGCUGCACGCUGUCUGCUCACUGGAUGAGCCCGUCUAUAUCAUCACUGAGCUCAUGCGGAAAGGCAACCUCCACAGCUACCUCAACAGUCCUGAAGGGAAGUCCCUGGGCACCUCCCACCUGCUCAACAUCGCCUGCCAAGUGGCGGAUGGGAUGAGGUAUCUGGAGGAGAAGCAUAUUGUCCACCGGGAUCUAGCGGCCAGAAACAUCCUGGUGGGAGAGGAACUCACCUGCAAAAUUGCUGAUUUUGGACUUGCCCGGCUCCUCAAGGAUGACAUUUAUUCCACCAGCAGCAGCACUAAAAUCCCCGUUAAGUGGACAGCCCCGGAGGCAGCCAACUACCGCACCUACUCCCUCAAGUCUGAUGUCUGGUCCUACGGGAUUCUGCUCUAUGAAGUCUUCACGUAUGGACAGAUCCCGUAUGAAGGAAUGACAAACCAAGAAACCGUACGGCAAAUCACCAGGGGCUACCGCCUUCCCCGGCCCAGCUCCUGCCCUCCCGAGAUCUACAGCAUCAUGCUGGAGUGCUGGAACGGCAACACAGAGGAGCGUCCUACCUUCCUGGCCCUGCGGGAGAAGCUGGGCUUCAUCUACAGACGGCUGCUCAGCUCCCUCUCCUGAAGGACCCCUGCCCACCAUCCUUCCUGCACAAGCCCACCCAGGCCAGCUCUUACCAAGAAGCUCCUUCCUUCUGGUUUGCCCUCUGACAGGGCUCCAAGGAAAGCACUUCCCCCCCCAGAAAACAGCCCAUGGUCCCUCUCGGUCAGGAUGCAGGGAGGUGGCCAAGGGAAAAGGCAACGAGUUGUGGAGAACUCCUUGCCAGCGCUUGGCUGUGUAGCAGUCUGGAAAAGCCCCAUGGUAGUGAAGGUAUCACCCAGAGUUUACAUCUUCAUUCAGCCAGUAGGGUGGGAGGUCCCUGCUGCUCCCCACGCCAACGUGAAGGUUUGCAGAUUUUUGUUCAGUUGAGGCUCCGCUUGAUUUUUCUUGUAGUGUGUGUCCGGUGUAUUUAUCAAUAAAUGUGUGUGCAUCCAUCCUCGAGUCCUCGCAGGGCACUGCUGGAUGCUCCACCCUCGCCACGCUGCUCCCCUCCCUGCCCAGCAAGCAAUGGUUUGCAACCAGUCCCACUCUUGCAAACACAUAUAUAACUCUUUGGUCUCUGUGCAUCCAGAUGGGCACUAAACCUUAGUGUGUGUCUGCCAGCCCUUUCCCAGGCAGCAGCCCGGCUUGCACAAGGAUCCUGCGCAGGCAGCUCCUGCCUGGGCUGCUCCACUCUGGCUCCUUGCCUUGCUCACCAUCGUGUAGUUAUUCCAAGAGAAAUGUGUUUCUGGGUUCAUACAUUUAAUGCCCCCUUAGCCCAGGUGCGGGCAGCAGAGGCAGCACUCAGGAAAACACUGUUUCACCCUGUUUUACUCCUUAUCGCAUCUAUGGUGCAAAGCCAAGAGAUGCUCCCCCAGCUGCUCGCCGGUCCCCAGGCCUGGCAUUAUAGAAGGACCUUAACCCGCCCAAGCUGGGGUGGAGCGGGGGGGGGGGGGGAGCAUUUGCUCCAGCCAAGUACCUUUUGCCCCCCUGCUCAAGCCCACUCAGAGGCCGGGCUGUCCUUGGCAGCAGCGGAAGCAAAAAGCAGCAGUGGGAGCAGUGCCAAGGCGCCAGGCUGGUGCAGGCAACCUACUGCGGCCACACUGGGGGCACCGGUGGCAGGGAGCACGGCGUGCUGCAGGUGAAAGGCAGCCUGGCACGGCCAGGGCUGCCUGGCUUUGGGUUUUCUCCUGACAAGCCCAUUUUGCCUGUUUGCAGGAGACGGGGUGACCGGUCGCACUGAAACAACAGCGGAGUUGGAAUAUACGAAGUUAAUAAAGUUUGUGCAAUACCCCCCCUGUCUGAGCAGCAUCCGUGCUGUGCAAAACAGCAGAAACAAGUCUGGCUGAUAAUUGAGCGAGUCUUUGUGCACAAGGGGCCUGGAAAAGGGAGGUGGGAAUGUGGUUUUGGUAUGCAACAAAUUCUGCUCCAGCCACGCUUCCUCUGAAGCCGGAGCAAGGGCAAGGCAGUAGCUGAGCCCUCAGGAGCUGCAGCCGUGCCCGGGAAAGCAGCUCCGGGCUAGAGUGUUCACAGCUGGAAAAAGCAAGAGGUUGGGUUUGUUUGGACAUAUUUGCAAGAGGAAACCUUCAUCUUGCAAAAGCAUUUCACAGGCUGAUCAAACACCCCAGCAGAAAGCACACACAUGCACGGCCCAGAUCCCCUCGUACAAGAAACUGAAGACCGAAGCCGAGUGCGGCGGGUGACAGGUUCAUUGCAUGCCAAGAAAGAGCACAGACACGCAUGGUGCAGGUCCCACAUUGGCCUUUGAAGGGUGAGGGGGAAGCAAAGCUGCUGGAGGGGAAAAAAAAAUAAAAAAAUCCCCAAGCAGCAAGAGGAAGGCAAUGAAAGGAAGUAUUUCUCACACGGCUGCCGUGGGAGCUCCUCCGAGACGGCGGGGUGGCACAAGGGCUGCUGCUAGGGCCGAGAGCGAGCGGAAAGCACCGGCUGUUUUUUGCCAAAUAUGCCCUGAGGUUGCAGGCUUGGAAAAAAUAUUUGUUUCUCCAAAAUGAGGGGUUUCUGCUGGGAACCAGCAGCAGAUAAGACCCCUUUGCUCCUCCGGGGCAUCCCAGGGGUCAGCAACAGCCGAAGGGGCUUGCCAGGGCAUCGCAAGGUCCCAGAGCUGUGUGCUUGCUGGUAUGAGCCAGUGCCACAGCCACACUUCCCAGCUCACCGGCCAGACAGUGUGCCUUGUCUUGUCUUACUCAGAAAUGAUUUUUUAAAAUUAUUUUCUUUUGCUUGA